AUGGCCGAUACACUCCUUGUUACUGGAGCGAACGGCUUUGUCGCUCUUCAUGUUAUCAAGGAAGCCAUUGCCCAGGGAUACAAAGUUGUAGGAACAGUUCGUUCUGUUGCUGCAGCUGAGAAAAUCAUGAAUAUUUUUCCAGAUUCAUCCUCACAGCUUCAAAUUGUCGAGGUGCACGAUAUUACAAAUGCGAACGACUUCGCAAUGGCCUUUGAGAAGUUCGAAAUCGGAGCUGUGAUUAACACAGCAUCACCGCUAAUAAACAACCCGAAAGACGUCAAGGCUGAUGUCCUUGUCCCUGCUAUUAAAAGUGGCGUGGCAAUCCUUGAGGCUUCAGCCAAAUAUGCCGGGCCACAGCUGAGACGUGUCAUCCACGUUGGAUCUUUUGCGUCGACUCUCGACUUGUCGUUGGGCCUUGCUCCGGGGAAAACAUAUUCUCCUAGCGACUGGAAUCAACUUACAUAUGAGGAGGCUGCAAACGGUGGGCACACAUCUGGGUAUAUUGGAUCAAAAGCUUUGGCUGAAAAGCGCAUGUGGGAUUGGAUGAGAGAAAACACAUCGACCUUCGACAUGGUAUCUGUAGAUCCAGCGGCGAUCUUUGGACCACAUGUUGGGCCAGUUGAUCUUGAUCAUUUGAAUAUAUCAACUCAGAUGAUAUGGGAACUUGUCGUCCCUUCGCCAAAUCCACCGCCUUAUAAUUCUGGCCACCUUGGAGCGUGGGUUGAUGUUCGUGAUGUAUCUGCAGCUUUGCUUGCAGCUGUAAAGGCUCCAGAGGCAGGCGGUGAACGUUUCUUGGUUGCACAAAGAUGCCACUGGCAACUUGUAAAGGAUGAAGCAAGAAGGGUCUUGCCUGACCUACAGAAUCGGAUUGAUGCAGGAAAGCCAGGCGCUUGGAUAGCUGCGCAAGCUACAACAUAUAAUGUUGAUGGAAUCUUUGCUACGCACUUUUGGGAAGGCCCAUCGUUCCUGCAAGACGCAGAGUUUCCAACAGAUGUUAUCGACUAUCUCAAGUACGUUUCAUCGCGGUUUACGGCGCUCUUGGGUCAUCAAGCGCUGAAAUACAUAUACGGCGAGACCGGCACUCUGCCUCUCGAAACCCCCGUCCUAAGCGACGCCUUCGGCGAUCCUGAGACUUUGAAGACUCAGAUAUUUAUCAUGACACCGGCUAUCGAGGACCUUAAUAUUGCAGCUCAAACCGUCGAACCUUACAGAACUCUUCCUCAAAGCGAUAACCCCGCCCGCUACGGCCUUUCCGGCACCGCAAAGAGCAGCAUGGCAAUGCUGGAUGCAGAGAGAGCUCAUGGGUUCCGACCUUUGGAACGCCACGCCGGAGUAAGUCACGCGCGUAGCCUCCGAGUUUAUUACAACAUUAAAGAUGCAUUCACUGCCAAUGUGUUCUCGCCUGUUAACCUGAUUAUAGGCAAACGGGAACGUACGCAGCGAACAGAAAGCGCCAAGAUGAGAGUGCCUGCUCCUCUCCCGACUCCUAGCCCCGGCUCCGGCUCCGGCGGUGGUGGUGGGAACGGCAGCAGCAGAAAGCAUUCGCCAACUGUAACUACGAUGUACAUUACGAAGAUGACAACAUUCACUACCACCAUAGAUACGAGUGUUCUUGAAUGUGCAUUGACCGUUGCAGCCGCUAGUUGGCUAGUGACUGGAGCAAAGGGCGGCCAUAUCGCACUCUCUGACUACAACUUGAGCUACUUCCCUAUUCCGACUCCAACGUCCGACCCAUGUGAUGCAAGUCUCUUCUCUGUCGCUGGCAGCUUCUCCUACACCAUAUACGUGGAGCGACAUGCCUCAAAGCGAUUCUUUCGACUCACCGCUCACGUCUGGGCCAACGCCUCUCUCUUCAUGCAUAUCUGUAUACACCAACCCAGCCGCACCCAACAAUGGCGACGGUGGUACGGCUUCUUGCCAAGGGACGGACUUUGCCUGUGUUAUUGCAACCGCUUCGGUUUCGGGUUGUAA